CGUCACUUAGCGUGUGCUGCGACACACACACAGUGCCCAGUAAUUAAUUUAAAGUGCUAAAACAUCUUGACGUUGUUUAAUGUUUUACAGAAAAAACUGUGGGUUCACUAAAGUUGCUUCUCAAAUCAAAUUUGAUAUAAUUUAGAACUUGAGCUCUAAUAGAAACUUGCAUCGCUCGUGUAUGUGUAUGCAGUAGUUGUUAUUUUAGCAUCCGGAGGGGUAUAGUAGUUCAGAUAAAUCCAAUAGAUGGUGCUCCGAUCAGUUUCGAUUCAAAAGCAGCAAGUGAAACAAGAAAAUUCCCAACUCUAAAAAGAAAGGUUUUAUUUCAUUUUACGAAAUUCAGCAAUCUCCUUUAAUCACGAUCCUCGAUUUAACGAAAAUGAAGAUCCAUGUUGGCGCCCCUCUCCUAACUUUAGCGAUUUUCUUCAGUUUCAUUGAAUUAAGUUCACAGUACAAUAAAACACUUCUUAAGGCUGACACACUGACUGUUGCAGACGACUUGGGUCUCUUUUGGACUAUAACCAAUAAAUUAGAUAUACUGGUAAGUGAUCAGCACAAUCAAGACAUUUACGGGCUAAUAGACAACAAGGAUAAUAAACUGGUUUGCGCCUUAGAAAAAUACGAGGACGAUUAUUGGGUGCGUAAAUUAAUAGUAGAAGGAAUGCAAGUUAAGACCACUGCUACCGCUCCUUAUGAGUGGACUGAUGAAGACACAGAUUUAUAUCAACUCGAUUUUGACAAAGUGCUUAAGUAAAACAAUAUUUGAAAUUUCUGACUGUACAUCCCUUUUUAUGCCAACACCCGCCCUCGCUCAAGGAUAAACCAAUAUUUUUUUCCCCUACUGUGAUAUAAUAUAUAAAAAAUACAUAAAUAAUAUUAGACAACAGUAAUUUGGAUCAUUUACAGACAUACAUGGGCGGAUUAAGACCUUUCGGGGCCCGGAGCUAAAAUAACGUUGGGGCCCCUUUAAGGCGGCUGGACUUAACAUUUUACUUUCAUUUAAAAUUAGAUCAUGAUAAAAAAAUUCAAAAAUUUAAUUGAAAAAAUUUUACUAAAAUUUUUUUUAGGACUUUAUUAUUUUUGUUUAUAAGCGGGUUAUUUUACUGUAUAUUAUAUGUUUUUCUUGGGGAGAAGAGGGCCCCCACUAGCGUGGGGCCCGGUGCUUCAGCACCAUCAAGCCCUCCCCAUGAUCCGGCACUGCAGACAUAAUAUAUAAAAGAACUAUUUAUUAAGUCCAUAAGUUAAUGAAAUCUCUGUUGAUCAAUAUUAGUUUCUAGUUUUAGUAUCAUUUCGUAGUAGUAAAAAAGGAUAUAUUGGUUUGUUAAUUACAUGGAUUACUGGUUACACGGAAAGAAUUUUGGCACAAAAGCAGCGCCACCUGCUGUAAAGCAGUUGUACGUAGGCUUCGCACAGUUGUCAUACCGAUUUUGGUGCAGCGGGCGCCCCAAACUAUUUCUCCAAAAUAGAGCUCUGCUUGACGCAUGCGCAGUAUUCCACCGGACCAUCUUCGGUAUCACUUAGCUAAACCAAGCAGCAAGUAUGCCAAACGAAUGAGCAACAUUCGCCCUAACGAUUAGCACCACUGGUGUGUCAGUAAACCACUGCUGUCGAGAAAUUCUUUCCGUGCGCUAAGUUCUUGAUUUAUUGCUUAAAUAAUAACAUUCCGACAUUAUUUGGUAUUAGUUUUCUUAUAAAUUCCUUUUCUAUUCUCAAGUUUAAAUUUUUUUAUAAUUUGAUAUGUAGUGUGCAAUGCAUUUCUGAAGUAAGUUUUGACUCCACAAAACUUAUUUAAAAUUCAGCAAUAAAACAUAAGUUCAUAAAAACAUAAAAAUCUAUAGAUUAAACCUUAUUUCUAAAUGAUUAUAAAGAGGUGGAAAUUUGCUCCAGAAAUUCAUUGCACACAACGCACGGAAUUAUAUAAACAACGGAAUGUAAUUUAUUUUCAUUUUACCGUUCUUGUUAGCCAUAAAUCAAAGGUAUAUUUUUUAUACAAAAUUUUCUGAUCUAAAAAAUUGAAUUUUGAUAUAAAUAAAUAUUCUCUUUAAAUUAUGUGAAAACGCCUUUUUUGGAUUAAAUGAAACUUUUCUUCGAGUGUAUAAUAAUGAGAAAAAUGUACUUGUGUAUUAAAGAAAUAAACGGAUGUAACAUGA